AUGCGCCCCCCUCCAGGGUGCAACUACACUGUCCGGAUCUUCCAAAAAAACCAAUUCUCCUUCGAGGGACUCUCUACUGUGGACGUCACUAUCAAGGAAGCAACAGAUGUUCUCAAAGUUCACGCGCAGAGUCUGUUGAUCCAAUCUGUGUCACUCAUUACCAACCCGGGAGACUCAGCGAAAAAGUUGGAUACAACAUACGAUGAUAAGCUUAAUAUCUUAAGUAUCAAGCUUCCAUCUGUCCUCCAGCCACAGAAAGUUCAGCUGGUUUUCAAGUUAAUUGGAGAGCUCAACGACAAGAUGCGCGGAUUCUAUCGUAGUCAAUACAAGGACAAGGAUGGAUCUGAAAAGUUCCUUGCAUCCACUCAGUUCGAGUCAACAUAUGCUCGCUUAGCGUUCCCGUAUUUUGAUGAGCCCAUCUCCAAGGCAACGUUCGAUGUGACGCUCGAGGUAGACAGUCAUCUCACCGCUCUUUCCAAUAUGAACGUAAUCUCGGAAACGCCAACUACUGAUGGGAAACGCAAAGUUGUGACAUUUGCGGCUAAACGUCAAUUAAGAACUGAAGCAUAUAUUAUAGUUUGCCGAGUCAAAUCAGAGGAAUAUAUUAUUAAUGAAAAGGAUAGAAUCCGUGUAAUCUUCAGUCAACAGAAAACUAUUGAUUCUGUAUACUAUAAAACGUUGUCUGAAAGAAUAGGCGUUCUGAUGAAGAAAGAAGAGCCCCAAACAAUUACCUUAAUCGUACACGACAAUGAUCUUAAAAUUUCGGUGGAAAUUCUAGAUAGCCUCACUCUAACAGCAGCAAUCGACUCUUCAAAGUCAAAUAAGAAAUGGAUAUUUUCGCAGUUAUUUGAAGUGUUCGAAACGAUUCUCCGUGGGAUAGGAGUUCCUCUGGAUCUAUGCAAUUUGACAGCUUUUCAAUUUCUUCGGAAAUGCGAUAAAGAUUAUGAAUACCGGAUGUUUUGUGACGAGAAACUGUCUGAAAUGAAUCCAGAAGGAAUCGACUGGAAAUGCCCUCAAAAAGAAAACGGCGCAGAAGUUCUCGGGAUGAAAUCAGUUUUAGUCCUUAACAUGAUUAUGGAAUAUAUCGGAGAAGACAAAUUUCUGGAGGCGUUGUCAAAUAUCAAAUGGAGUAGUCAUAAUGACGAGUACCAAUUACUGCGAAUAAAAGAUGUAGAUGAUGAAGUAAAGUUGAUAUACUCAUCAUGGAUGGGGAAAAGUUUUCCGAUCUUAUCAGUGAAACAAAGACAGGAUGGAAAUAAUCGUGUUCUAACAGUUGAACAACGGAUAUUCAUCUCGGAUGGAUGCGAGGGCCCGAAGAACAGUCUCUGGCAAGUGCCAAUCACAGUUUCUGUUGGCAGUGCUCCAAGUGAUAUUAAGGCGAGAUUCCUGUUGAAAGAGAAACAACAGGAGUUCGUCGUCGAGGGAGUGGCUCCAGGCGAAUGGGUCAAAUUGAACUCUGGAUCAAGAGGAUUUUAUCGCGUCGAGUAUUCUGACGAAAUGCUCACCACGAUGCUCCCUGAUAUCGCUUCACGAAAAAUGCCUGUACUUGAUCGUUUUGGACUAAUUAAUGAUUUGUCUGCUCUUCUGAAUACAGGACGGGUCUCCAUUGCACAAUUCGUUCAAGUUGCUACCUCCUCUGCCAAUGAGGAUGAGUACGUUGUGUGGGGAGCUAUCGACCGAGGAUUUAAAACAUUAAUUUCUUGUCACGAGAAUUAUGAAUCAUUGCAAGAAUUCCACGGCUUGAUUGUGAAAAUAUACCAACCAAUCGGAGACAAAAUCAUUGAGAACAACACGUGGCUUUCAAAUUCCUCAUUGAGCGCUUUGAUAACUAAUCGUCUUUCUGAGGCUGGUUAUGACCCCUCCAUUAUCUUUCUGGCACAGCUGUUCUCUGGCUUUGUCAACCAAGGUCAACCCAUCUGUGAAGAUUUCAGGAUUCCUGUGUGGAAAACAAUUUCUCAACACUUUAAUGAAUUUGCCGUUCGUUGGUUUCCGAACGUUCUCAAUACUUCGGGAAGCUUGACUUUACAAAACGAAUCGUUAUAUGCAGUAGGAAGCAAAUGGAAUGUGACAGAUUUGGAAAGAAUAUUUGAGAAGGUUGUCACUGUGAACCCUAAAUUGUUUUCGGAAGAUAAUUGUAUCAGUUUAAUGCAAGGAAUAACUGAAAACUUGGACGGCAAAAAUUUUGCGUGGGACUUUUUCCAAAACAACUUUGAACGUCAUCAACUGUGUUUUGAUAUCGUGUGGAAGGUUCUACUCUCUUCUUUGGUAGGCAAGGACAACAUUGGAAAGAUUCGUAGAUUUUUCAACAUAAACAUGCCAAAUUCAGCAAGCGCUGUUAGUCAGACUAUCAACAAAAUCAGAAGCAAGGGAACAUUGAUGAUGAAGCUUGAAAACUACAUGAACGACUCCAAAAAGGAUAAACUCGCACCAGUUCGAAAAAGGUCCACAAUUCUAAAAGUGGAGCAAAGAAGUGAUGGAAAUAAUCGUGUUUUAACAGUUGAACAACAGAGAUUCUUUUCGGAUGGAGGCGAGGACACGAAGAACAGUCUUUGGCAAGUGCCGAUUACAGUUUCUGUUGGCAGUGCUCCAAGUGAUGUUAAGGCGAGAUUCCUGUUGAAGGAGAAACAACAGGAGUUCGUCGUCGAGGGAGUGGCUCCAGACGAAUGGGUCAAAUUAAAAACCCAACAAUUCCAAUUUUAUCGAGUCGAGUAUUCUGAAGAAAUGCUCACAGCGAUGCUCCCUGAUAUCGCUUCACGAAAAAUGCCUGUACUUGAUCGUUUUGGACUAAUCAAUGAUUUGUCUGCUCUUCUGAAUACAGGACGGGUCUCGAUUGCACAAUUCGUUCAAGUUGCUGCCUCCUCUGCCAAUGAGGAUGAGUACGUUGUGUGGGGAGCUAUCGACGAAGGAAUGAGUAAGCUUUUGGCUUGCUCCCGCGAAAUGUCGGAGGAAACUCUGAAAAGCGCCAAACAACUCAUUGUCAAAAUGUUCGAAAAAACUGGUGCCGAUCUUGGAUUUGCCGAACAGUCCGGCGAGGACACGCAAAAGAUGAUGCUCCGCGCCCUCGUUCAAGCCCGCCUAGCUCGCGCCGGUCAUCAGCCAACUAUCGAUAAAUUCAACCAAAUGUUCACGGACUUCCUCGAGAAAGGAACCCCCAUUCAUCCAGAUAUUCGUCUUGCGACUUUCGGAGUCGUUGCAAGAUCGACUGGCAAAGAAGGAUUUGACAAGUUGAUGAACCUCCGUGAAACUACCACCUUCCAGGAAAUCGAGAGACAAGCAAUGAUUGCUAUGUCGCAGACUCCAGAGCAACCACUGCUAGCACAACUUUUCGAAUACGGAUUUGAGAAAAACAAAGUCCGUCCACAAGAUCAACUUUACCUUUUCCUCGGAACUGGAUCUACCCAUAUGGGACAGCAAUAUGCCUGGCAAUAUUUCUGUGAACAUAUCAAAGAAUUCUUGGAAAAGUAUGGAGGAGCCAAUUCGAGUCUAUUCCAGCGUUGUCUCAAGUUUGCCGGUGAAAGUUUCGGUAGUGAACAUCGAGCUGUGGAGUUCCAAAAUUUCUUCUGUAACUGCAAAGAUCUUACCGAUACGGACAGAAAAACUUUGGCUAGGCCAAUUGGACAGACGGUCGAAGCAAUUCGCCUCAACGCUCGUCUCUUGGAGGCUAACCGCUCAAUCAUCGAAAAUCUUCUCAAACAAAUCCACUUCUAA